GUUUAUGUUUUCGAUUGCAGGAAUACUCUUCAUCGACACUGUUUUGCAACCUUUAAUCCAAAGGCUUCCAAAGUUAAAAGUUGUGAUGUAGCAUAUCACCACCAUGGAUGCCGUUAGGUUUGUUGAGUCUUGUGAAGAAGGAUUUGUAGCUGCAACUGUUACUCCUCGACAUCUUCUUCUUAACAGAAAUGUUCUCUUCCAAGGACGACUGCAACCACACAACCACUGCCUUCCAGUGCUCAAAAGAGAAAUCCACAGACAGGCUAUUGUUUCAGCAGUGACUAGUGGAAGUAAAAGAUUUUUCCUUGGAACUGAUGGUGCUCCCCAUGAGAGACGAAGAAAAGAAUGCCCUUGUGGUUGUGCUGGCAUUUAUAAUGCCCCAGUUGCCUUAGCCUUAUAUGCAAAGGUCUUUGAAGAGGUGGGUGCACUUGACAAACUAGAGGCAUUUACAAGCCUUAAUGGUCCGGACUUCUAUGGUCUUCCAAGGAACACAUCAAAGAUUAAAUUGAUCAAGACUUCAUGGAAAGUUCCAGAGUCUUUCUCAUUUUCAUUCGGUGAUAUCAUUCCUAUGUUUGCAGGUGAAACACUAGUGGCAAGCAUCCUCCUCAUAACUCGUAAGUCAGUUUUUACAAACAGACUAUAAUUUCAAAUUAUUUCUGGUCAUGCCUGCAUGGUAUGUUGAUUGCUGACAGUGUGAACUUGUAUUGUUUUCAAACUAGAGUUGAAGCAAACAAACUUUUGUUACUUUUUCAAACAACCUUACAUUAGAUAAUGAUAUGCAGCUCGGUGCAAAUUUUUGGUGGUUUGCUUUAUGUUGUGGAAUGUCUAAUUAACAUCACACGUUUUAUUAAUUUGUUGGUUUACAAUUAGAACUCUAAAUCAAAAGCCUAGAAGGCAGACAGAAAGGAGGAAAACAACAAUUGAAAAGUCCUCUUAUGACACUUAUAGUUGCUGGUAAGAACGUAACCUGAAUAAAUUAUUAGUAUGCUA